UGCCGAGAAUCACAAGAUCUAGAAGAUGGGCUCAAGUUGCAAAACCCUCCACAGCAAUCUUCAAAUGCCACAGCCAUCGAACCCGACGUCGUGACACCCACAUCCCUUGCGGCAGAUUUCAUGAAACUUCUACACUACAAUGACACCCUCGCUACACCAGCUCUCAAACUGCUCGAUUUGUACUUUUGCCUGUGGAAAUUCCACGUCGUCAAGUCUGCCGAGAAGAUACGACUCGGGGAAGAGUACAAUAUCGUUCUACAGCUCUGCAAUGAGCAGACUUUAGCACCGUUGGAUACCAAAUGGGCGAUUGAGGCCUUUUGCAAUCGCGUGAUUUUAGCGUUGCAAACUGUGACUCGGAUCUGGACCUUCACGCCAUCUGGCAUGAGUUCUCUGGAAUACCGACAUCACCUCCAUGUCUCGCCACCGACUCCGAAUAUCCUCGGCAGAUUCCCUCAGGUGCGGUUGAGCCUGCAGGAUAUGAGACUUCAUGGUCUUCCUUGA